AUGGGGGACCUGGAGGGGAGCCCCCGUGCUGACGGCCGCCCCCUCGAGGCCUCUGACCGCCUGGGGGGCCGAGACCCUGCUCGGACCCCACUGCGCCCGGCCCCGGGGCUGUGCCUGUGCUGGGGGGGUCAGGGCGCCGAUUGUUCCCUCAGAGACAUGGAGGCCAGAGAAGAGGCCCAGGCCGCAGACACCAGCCUCCCGGAGCGAGAGGCCACAGCACUGGAGCCCGAGCCCCCAAGCCCUUCCGCUCCAGGAGGCUCCGAGGAGACGGAGUGUCCGGAGCCAGAGACGAGGCUGGAGGAGGAAGAGGCCAGCAGCCCCUGGAGCGGGCCAGACGAGCUGAAGCUGCUGCUGCAGGACGGACAGAGGUGCGUGCGGGCUCGGUGCAGCCUCGCCGAGGGCCUGUCCUGGGGCCCAUUCCGCGGGAGCAUCCAGACCAGAACCUCGUCCCCCGGGCAGGCGGAACCGAGCCCGGCCCUGACCCUGCUGCUGGAGGACGAGGCCUGCUGGUUGAGGACGCUGCCCCGGGCCCUGACCGAGGCCGAAGCCAACUCGGAGAUCUACAGGAAGGAUGGCGCCCUCUGGUGCAAGCUCACCAGGCCGGUGGCCGCGGGCGGACGGCUGAGCGUGCUUCUCGCGGCCGAGCCCCACAGUGCCCCCAGCCAGCCUGUGAAGGAGCCGGCGGAGCCCGAGGGCCUGGCCCCCUCCCCCGCCGCCGACAUCCAGCUCCUGCCCCAGCAGGCGGGCAUGGCGUCCAUCCUCGCGACUGCAGUUGUCAACAAAGACGUCUUUCCCUGCAAGGACUGCGGCAUCUGGUACCGCAGCGAGCGGAACCUACAAGCCCAUCUCCUCUACUACUGCGCCAGCCGCCAGGGCACCAGCUCCCCCGCUGUGGCCGCCCCCGACGAGAAGCCCAAGGAGACCUACCCCAACGAGCGGGUCUGCCCCUUCCCCCAGUGCCGCAAAAGCUGCCCCAGCGCCAGCUCCCUGGAGAUCCACAUGCGCAGCCACAGCGGAGAGCGCCCCUUCGUGUGUCUCAUCUGCCUGUCCGCCUUCACCACCAAGGCCAACUGCGAGCGGCACCUCAAGGUGCACACAGACACGCUGACGGGUGUGUGCCACAGCUGCGGCUUCAUCUCCACCACGAGGGACAUUCUCUACAGCCACCUAGUGACCAACCACAUGGUCUGCCAGCCGGGCUCUAAGGUUGAGAUCUACUCAUCAGGGGCUGGGCACCCCACUGCCAAGCUCCCCGCAGACAGUCUGGCCGCCUUCCAGCAGCACACGGCGCUGCACGGCCCCCUGGCCUCUGCAGACCUGGGCCUGGUGCCCGCCCCAUCACCGGGACUGGACAGGAAGGCCCUGGCAGAGGCCACCAACGGAGAGACCAGACCGGGCCCCCAGAACGGGGGUGGCGGCGAGCCCCCGGCGACCCCCAGGAGCAUCAAGGUGGAGGCGGCAGAGGAGCCCGAGGCGGAGCCAGGGCCCCCGGCCCUGUCGCGGACGCCAUCACCGCCCAGCGCCGGCCCCAGCCCCGUCCGCGUGAAGGCGGAGCUGUCCAGCCCCACGCCCGGCUCCAGCCCAGGGCCCGGCGCGCUCUUCCUGCCGCAGUUGCCCACGGCGCCGCCUGCCUCCGAGAUCCUGGCCAAAAUGUCCGAGCUGGUGCACAGCCGGCUGCAGGCGGGCGCGGGGGUGGGCGCGCCGGCUGGCCUCUUCCCGGGGGCCCCCAAGGGCGCCACGUGCUUCGACUGCGACAUCACCUUCAACAACGUCAACAAUUUCUACGUGCACAAGCGCCUCUACUGCUCCGGCCGCCGCCCGCCCGACGACACGCCCCCUGCCCGCCGGCCCAAGGCCGCCCCAGCCCCGCCGCGCGCGCCCCCCGCCCCGCCGCCCGCCGAGGCCGAGGCGGGGGGCGCGGCUACGCCCGAGGCGGAGGCCGAGGCCGAGGCGGGCGGCCGGGGCAGCGAAGGCAGCCCAAGCCCGGGCAGCGGGGCAGACGAGGACGAUGACCCCCGCCGGACGCUCUGCGAGGCCUGCAACAUCCGCUUCAGCCGCCACGAGACCUAUACGGUGCACAAGCGGUACUACUGCGCCUCUCGUCACGACCCGCCGCCGCGCCGGCCCGCGCCCGCCGGGACCCCCGGGACCCCCGCGCCCGCUGCGCCGCCCGUGCGCACGCGCAGGCGCCGCAAGCUCUACGAACUGCACGUGGCCGGACCCGCCCCGUCCCCGGUCGGGCCCGCCCAGCCCGUCGCGCCGGGCCACGCCCCCACGCCGCCUGCGUCGCCGGCGCCGCGGCCCGGAAGCGGAAGUGGAGGCGGAAGCGGCCCAGACCCGGCGGAAGGCCCCAUCGACCUGAGCAAAAAGCCGCGGCGCCAGGCUCCCGCCGCCGCUCCUGGCCCUGCGCCCGGCCUACCGGCCCUGGCCGACUACCACGAGUGCACAGCCUGCCGCGUGAGCUUCCACAGCCUCGAGGCGUACUUGGCGCACAAGAAGUUCUCGUGCCCCUCCGCCCCGCGCCGCCUGCGCGCCGCCCCCGAGGACCCGCCCGCCAUCGUCUGUCCCUACUGCCCCCCGAACGGCGUGGUGCGCGGCGACCUCAUCGAGCACUUCCGCCUGGCGCACGGCCUGCUGCUGGGCAAGCCCCCGGCCGGCUCCGGCCCUGGCGCCGAGGCCCGGACGCCUUCGCCCGCCGCCCCCCGCGACGGCCUCAACGGCCAGGACCCUUGGGAGCCGCCCGCCGGCAGCCCCCGGCCCGGCCCGCCCCCGGCCACGUCCCCCGAGGCCGUGCCGGCACCCCCCUCCCACUCGGACAAGGGCGUACAGACCCCCAGCCAGGGGACGCCGGCCCCCGUGCCCAACGGCAACCACAGGUACUGCCGCCUGUGCAACAUCAGCCUGUCCACCUUCAUCGCCCACAAGAAGUAUUACUGCUCCUCGCAUGCGGCCGAGCACGUGAAGUGA